ACACCAUGCAAGUUGGGAUUGUGCUUUAGAGAACCUUAGCCACCAUUACUUAACCCCGUUGAUGUACGGAGCCAUGUGAUAUGAACCAGGCGAAGGGCGGCCUUAUUCAGAUUGGCGUAUUGCAAAUGUGUCGUAUUUCUCCCAAGCUCUAGGUCUACGGGCAGCAGGAACCAAGCAAUGCUCAAAUGCUAGGGAAGAAAGGUGCAUGGGUAACCGGGCAUAUUCGCCAGCCGACAACAGCUGGCUGCCAGUUCCUCAUCAUACCUCUCAUUAACAAUCUCCAAGCGCCUCGGAUUCUCUACACUCAGGUACCCAAGUAUUUACUUAAUUAAUUUCUACCAGUUCUACCCCUCAAAGACGUAUUUCCUUCAUUUUCGUCUGUAAACAGCUGGUGGUCUUCCAGAGCUUGCGCAACAUGCCUUCUUUUGAGGGUAUCGAAGUUGCAAUCGUCACUCAGCCUGAACUGGCUAAGCUCCCCGAGUUUCCUCUCUCAGAUUCCUCCUCCCAGAGUGUUCUGCCGUCUGUUGAUCAACUGUCUCAUUCAAGUCUCGCCAGCUCGAGCCGUCUUCGUUCAUUGCCACACCAGCUUCGGAAGACCAGUCCUCGUAUUUCUGUCUACAUCCCCUCAGACCCAGGAUCACGAUUUGGAAUCCACUAUGCACUCAACGAAACGUCACAGCUGCCACGCUACUUGUAUUUCAAGAUUUUCAUGAAUGGCAGAAACAUUACAAAUUGCGGCGUGAGGGUUCUCAGACAAGCUUCAGGUUCCAUCACGCGCUCCCUCUGUGAGCCAAGUGAGCGCUGGAAAUACAAGGAAGAUGGCGUAUUACGCAUCAGGGACGGGAUAGAGGCGCGUUGCUUCUCCUUUCUACCACAUGCGCAUCAAUCAGCUGCAGAAGAUGGCGGCUUGCUAGAGGUCCAAGUCUUUCGGGCCAAGGGCAGAAUCCGAAGAUUGCCUGUACUGGAAGGGCAUCGUGGCCAGGAGUCAUAUGGUAUUGGGUCACCCUCAGGUGGACUCCUCGAUUCACCAGAUGAGGCCUGGUUCUACGAUUGGAUCCUGAUCGACUCGAAGGAAUCACCUUUCGUCUCUUUCCAUUUUCUCUAUCGAUCGUUAUUAAACCUCCGCCAACUGAGCCUCGCACCGGAUCCCACCGAGUUGGACGACAGUUCAGUCGAUAUGGAAGAGGACAUGGUUGAGCACACAAGCAAAGGGUUUUAUUCCAUCAAACCACUUCGUAUUGGAAAUCCUCGAACAGAGAGUCCAAGUAGCUCAGUAUUGGAUGACGCUCUGUCGGUCGAGGAGGAGCCCCGUUCGUCAACACGUCCAAGGCGGUUGACCGAAGCAGCCCCUAUAAUUGCACCGCCAAAUACCUCAGCUCGUCCUCUCCCCGAGGUUCCGGUGAAGAAGCCUGUAGACCAUGGAGACAUUGAAAAGCAGGUCCAGGCUCAUGAAUACACCUCUCUGUCUGAUAUCCAAGAGGAGGUAGAACACACCGAUACCAGCAUAACAACCAGCACUACCAGCUUCCCAGAUCGAAUCGAUUCUCCUCGCACUAUCAAGGCGAGAGUUCUCGAAUUGAACGAUUGUGGUAUAAUGCCGCUUCAGCCAGCUCUAAGGAGAGAUACCAGCUCGACCAUCCUUGAAUCACUUGUGAACUACUCAGAACAUUCUGAACUGGCACAAAACCGUGCGCUAUUUACAUCGAUGGGCUACCUCGAAACGGAUCAGCCUGAGCAAACAUCAGAGAUGAAAUCCAUUGUUGCAGAAGCAGAAUAUUCAUUCAGAACUGGUUGGAGGUUGAGUGAGAGUGAGUGGAUCAAGGGGAGGUUUGAGGGCCCCGACAUGAAUGAUGUGAAAGGAGGUCGCACUCAAGUAGGAGAAUGACCCCUGACUUAGGUACACAAAUGGCAACUAGGAGAGAGUUCGUAACACAGAACUACUUGAUUCUGAUCUCGCGGAGGAAUGUUUGUUAGAUAUGUGAUAAUGAUGAGCUUACAAAGGAAGCAUCUGUAGACCCGAACAGAUGAAUUAUAUCAACUCGAUUGA